UCUGAUUGGCUUAAUUUAGCCACCAACAUUACAAGAUAAAUACCGACUUCACUCUCUCUCUCUCUCUAACAAGAAGAUCUUCCUUUCUUUCACUCUUUUCAAAAGCAAAUCUAAAAGCUUCUUUCUUCACUUAUAGCAUAUAUAGCAUCCCUUUUUAUUUAUCCCUAUCUUUCCUUGUCCCUUUCACUUUGAUCUCUCUCUUUUUUUCUAUCUCAAAACCAAACAAACACCAUAGCCACCUCUUCUCUUCUUUGAAUUGCGUGCAAACUUCUCUUACAAGAUCUUAUCUCACCCCUGCUUUGUUCCUAAGCUGAAAAACUUUUUUUUAAUGAUUCUCUGUUUUCACAUUUAAUCUUUUUACAGUAACAUUAUUUAUAAUGGAUUCUAAUAGUAAUACUCAUCAUCAACUCAAACAACAGAACCAAUCAUAUUCUUCUGGGUUGCUUCGUUUUCGUUCUGCACCUAGUUCACUUUUUUCAAAUCUUACACCUUCUGCUGAUUCUAAUAAACUUACUAAACAUUUUUGGGAUGGUUCUGAAUCAGAGAGAUUCGUGAGUAAUGAUAAUAAUAAUAUUUCUGGUUUAUCUUGUUCUAAGGAAAUGAAUUCUGGUUAUGGUGCUGGUGGUUCUGGUUUGCCACCUCAUUAUCCUAGACAUGGUUCUACUUCUACUUCAAGUUCUGCUAUGGAUGGUUCUUUUGGAUUGGUUGGUUCAUUGGGAAUGGAUCAAGAAACAUUACAUGAUAAGAGUUUUGGUUCAAAUCUUCUUAGACAGGGUAGUUCCCCUGCUGGUCUUUUCUCCAACAUUUCCUUUCAAAAUGGGUUUUCUACCAUGAAAGGCGUUGGAAACUAUGCCACGGUAAUUGGUAGUAACGGGGAACUUAGUCCGUCUAUUAACCGAUUGAACACUCAGCUUAGCUUCCCUUCAAGAAAUGCUUCUUCCUUAGGAAUAUUGUCACAUAUAUCAGAAAUAGAUAACGAGGACAUUGAAGCAACUAGCCCUGAUGACGGAGGUAGCAAUGCCGAUUCUACUCACUAUGGCUCUGGAUUCCCCUAUAGUUCUUGGAACGAUACUCAAUCAUUCACAGAAAAUCUCAGUGGUUUGAAAAGAGGGCGAAGUAGUAAUGAAAAAAUGUUUUCUGAUAUUCAGCGUGGAGGGCUUGGAAAUCAAGUUCAUACAUUAUCGCAUCAGUUGAGUUUACCAAACACUUCAUCUGAGAUGAUUGCUAUGGAGAAGUUGUUUCAGUUUCCAGAUUCUGUUCCUUGUAAAAUUCGAGCGAAAAGAGGCUGCGCUACUCAUCCUCGAAGCAUUGCCGAGAGGUUAAGAAGAACUAAGAUCAGUGAAAGAAUGAGGAAAUUGCAAGAGCUUGUUCCAAACAUGGAUAAGCAAACUAACACAUCAGACAUGUUGGACUUGGCUGUUGAUUACAUUAAAAAUCUUCAAAAACAAUUCAAGUCCCUAAGUGAUAAACGAGCAAACUGCAAAUGUAUGAGGAUGCAGAUGGCAGAUAAAAAUCAAAUUACUUGAAAAAUAUUUUUUUUAUGCAACAAAGAAGCAAAUAUAUAAAUGUUACUGUAUUAUGUUUUUGUUGAGUGUGACUCUGAAUACAAAACAUGUAGGUCCUCACCACAGCAAAAAGGUUCUUUAGAUUAAAGUGGUUUCAAUUACAGAGCAAUAAAAUCCAAUAGUAUUUAUUUAUAUUGGUAAUUUUGUAUAGGAGAGUACUAAUAAAUGUUUUACUCUUAAUGUAUUGUUUUUUUUUAUUUAUGUAGCAAUUAAAUGUGAAAGUUUUAGAUUUAGAUAUAGGAUUUAGCAUGGAUGUUGUAAAUUAGAUUGGGAUGAGGCUGAUAAAUGAAUUUAGUUUUGUUUCAA